AUGUCCCGUCCAGAAUUUACUGGUCCUCCGGAAUUGUAUUAUAACGACAUUCAAGCUGCCAAGUACUCACAGAAUUCACAUAUUAUCGAUAUUCAAACACGAAUGACGGAACGAGCCAUCGAAUUGCUUGCUCUUCCGGAUGAUGGCACAUCGAGGUUAUUAUUGGAUAUUGGAUGUGGUUCCGGAUUAAGUGGAGAAGUUAUCACAGAAAUGGGUCAUAAUUGGAUUGGUGUAGAUAUUAGUGAAGCGAUGUUAAAAGUUGCCAUAAAUGAUCGAGAAGUCGAAGGCGAUGUUGUGUUGAAAGAUAUAGGUGAUGGUUUACCUUUUCGGCCUGGUACAUUUGAUGGCGCAAUAAGUAUAUCUGCAAUUCAAUGGCUAUGCCAUGCAAACACCCGAGAGCAGAAUCCACAGAAACGGCUACUUCAGUUUUUCCAAUCAUUAUAUGCUUGCAUGGGUCGCGGUACUCGUGCCGUAUUCCAGUUUUAUCCAGAAACUGUUAGCCAGACUGAUCUUAUAACAAUACAGGCAAGAAAAGCAGGCUUUACUGGAGGCGUUGUCAUUGAUUUUCCUAACGCUGCCAAAGCCAAAAAAGUUUAUUUGGUGCUGAUGAUUGGUGGUAUGCAACAACUACCGAAAGCAUUAAUUGAGGAAGAAGUGAAUCAGGUUUCGAGUAUAGAAAGAAGAUCAAGGAAAAAUGGCAAGCGAGACAAGCGAAAAUUGCUGAAACGUUCGAGAGAAUGGAUAGAGGGUAAGAAGGAUCGUGCCCGAAAGCAUGGAAAAGACGUUUGCGUAUCUUCGAAAUAUACAGGUCGUAAAAGGAGACGUUUCACAUAA